AUGUCGUUGCUUGGGCAGCUCCCCGGGGAGCUCUAUUCCUCCAUUUUCGACUAUCUUCCCAAGGAAGUUGUUCAGUGCACAGUGUUAUCCUUGACACGAGUAUUUCCCAAGGCAGCUAUUCCACUUCGAUACCUCUACGCUAGCAUUCGGGUCAGGAAGCAAGGACAAGAAGUUGCGCUCAAUCGACACUUGCGCGAGCUCAAAAGUCGAGAAUCAAAGGCGAAGGAGGAAGGGGACACCUCGACCUCAAGCCCUAUGGCAAUGAUUUACGAAUUGUCGGUCGAGCUCUGGACUGUGGACGCAGAUAUACUGGUCAACAUCGUUGGGAUGCUUCGCACAUAUCGUCUGAAGUCUUUGACUAUCUGGAUUGGGCCUAACAACUUUUCUCCAGAACAUCUGGAAGAGAUGUUUCAGAGGCCGAUUGAGAGUCUGGUGUAUCUCGGAUUGCGGUUUCGACCAUAUGUCAAAAGGGCGACAUAUUACCAGUUUCUCAAGGGUGCCUACUUUGACACGACGAUAUCAGCACUCGCUCGCUGGCCAGAAUCGUCGUUCCCUACGCUUUCCAUCGUUCAGGAUCCGCUGAAAGCCGACCCAGAUAUCCCUGUUCCGGGCGGUGGCCAAUCAUUCGCUCAACCGAUUGUCUUCUUCAGACUCGAUCCAUGCAUUUCGGCACUCCUCCAAUCCCCGGCCCUUUCAGCAUCCUUGAAUGCCUUCCGACUCCGCGUUCCCUCUCGCCCUGUUGUUAGGGCCCUUUGCUAUCCACCACUGAUGAGCGAAAACAGCGACGGAGACCCGGUUUCUACUCCUCACCUCGAGGUCCUUGACCUGUCCACCUCGAACGUUCUGGAAGGAGAAGUGGAUCUCAUCCUAUCUCAUUACAAGGACUUGAAGCACCUAUUAUUGGAUGACUGCAUCAUCCUUCGAGGAGAGCUGGGUGUCGGGGAAUGGAGUGCAAUGGGAAAGCGAUGUGCGAUGGCGGGCGCUCGAAGGGCAAAAGAGUGCGAAAAGGCAUUGACCGCUUGGUAUGAGCGAAGGACAAUAGCAGCAUUUAGUGGAAGCGAUAGCUCGCCGGCUGCUAUGCCAGAACAGGCUCGAAGACCGCGCAGAGGCCGCCGCGGAUUGGCGACUGCGACGAUUUCAAUACGCGACGAUCCACCAAACCCAGGUCCAUCACGCCCUCCGGCAGGGUUGCCCAGAGAAGCCUUACCCAGGUUCAAGAUAUUACCCCCGAUUCCUUCGCUGCGAACCCUCUGUGCGACAACUUCCUCCUCCGUGCAUCCCGAUGCAUACGAGACCAUCCGUUCCGAAUUUGAAGCUGGGUGGGCGGAGGGCAUAGCGCAACUGGCCGUCAGGAGGGCAAGGCUGAGAGAAAGUGCGAAGUUGGGGACAAAAAUACUGCGAUUCUCAGAGGGAGACACAGUACCGGAGGUGAAUGAAUGGGAAUGGAACGGAAUGCUAGCCUAUGCAGCUAGUCAUGGUUUAGAGUUGGUCGACAAGGCUGAUUUAGAGGCAUUCGACACAUUGGGUUACGGGUCCGGAGAUCCCAAAGAUAUUCCAACUCCUAUCCUCUGCCUCGCUGGUGGCGAGGAAAGUGCGCUACACGUCCCAGGCUGCGGGCACUCUGUUGUAGCUGACCUUUGGCCUGUGCAAGGCUGA